AAACACAACAAAAACACGUUCUAGUAGUCUCUUAGCUUCACUUUCACUGAAUCUUGAAAAAAAGAAGAAGGGAACUUUGGAAGAAGAAGAAGAAGAGCUAAACGAUGUCGUUUGUAUUGGGUGUUGUGAUUGGGGUUUUAGUUGGAGUUGGUUUGAUAGUUGGCUUUGUUAAAUCUGAAAAUUAUCGAUCCAAAUGCCGUUCUGAACUGGCUACUACAAUUGCGGCGUUUGCUAGAAUGACAGUGGAAGAUUCCAGAAAGAUUUUUACACCAGAGCAGUAUCCUCCUUGGGUUGUUUUCUCCAAUCAGCAGAAGUUGAAUUGGCUUAAUUCUCAUCUUGAAAAGAUCUGGCCUUUUGUGGAUGAGGCAGCAUCAGAACUGGUAAAGUCAAGUGUGGAGCCAAUUUUGGAACAAUAUAGGCCUAUGAUUUUGGCAUCAUUGAAAUUUUCCAAGUUCACUCUUGGUACGGUUGCACCUCAGUUCACAGGAAUUUCUAUUCUUGAAGGUGGAAGUGAAGGUAUUACCAUGGAAUUAGAGAUGAAUUGGGAUGGGAACCCAAGCAUUAUACUCGAUAUCAUGACAUACGUUGGUGUAGGAUUACCAGUGCAGGUGAAAAACAUUGGAUUUACUGGGAUUUUCAGGCUGAUCUUCAGGCCGCUUGUUGAUGAGUUUCCCUGCUUUGGAGCUGUUUGUUAUUCACUAAGGAAAAAGAAGAAGCUGGAUUUUACGCUUAAAGUGGUUGGCGGUGACAUGACAGCAAUACCUGGCAUUUCUGAUGCAAUUGAGGGCACCAUCCGCGAUGCCAUUGAAGACUCUAUCACAUGGCCAGUCCGAAAAAUUAUUCCCAUUUUGCCUGGGGAUUAUAGUGACCUUGAACUGAAACCUACUGGAGUAUUGGAGGUGAAACUUGUUCAAGCAAAAGAGUUAACAAACAAAGACAUCAUUGGUAAAUCUGAUCCUUUUGCUGAGUUAUAUGUACGCCCAGUACGAGAUAGAAUGAAGAAGAGCAAAACAAUUAACAACGAACUGAAUCCAAUCUGGAAUGAGCAUUUCGAGUUUGUAGUUGAAGAUCCAUUGACACAACACUUGGUGAUAAAGAUCUAUGAUGAUGAAGGGCUUCAGGCAGCUGAACUAAUUGGAUGCGCACAUGUUCGUUUGAAUGAGCUUGAGCCUGGUAAAGUGAAGGAUGUUUGGUUGAAGUUGGUGAAGGAUUUGGAGAUCCAGAGAGACCAAAAGAAUAGGGGCCAGGUGCACUUGGAGCUAUUGUAUUGGCCUUAUGGCACGACGAAUGGAUUUAGUAACCCUUUUGCCGAUAAUGUACAAUUGACUUCACUGGAGAAGGUUCUUAAAAGUGGAGCAGAAGCUGCCCAAAAUGGAGGUGAAAUCAACAGGAGGAAGGAUGUAAUAGUACGAGGGGUACUUUCUGUAACCGUGAUAUCAGCUGAAGAUCUGGCCCCAACUGAUCUAAUGGGGAAAGCUGAUCCGUAUGUUGUAGUUACAAUGAAGAAGACUGAAACAAAGAACAAAACCAGGGUUGUACCGGAAAGCUUAAAUCCAGUAUGGAAUCAGACUUUUGACUUUGUCGUUGAGGACGGAUUGCAUGAUAUGCUAAUUCUAGAAGUGUGGGACCAUGACACUUUCGGAAAGGAUUACAUGGGAAGGUGCAUAUUGACAUUGACAAGAGUACUAAUGGAAGGUGAAUAUAAAGAAACCUUUGAACUAGAUGGAGCUAAAUCGGGGAUACUGAACUUGCAUCUCAAAUGGGUACCACAGCCCUUAUACAGAGACUCCUAAUGAUAAAUAUCAUGUGAUAUGUUUUUGUUCUUGUAAGAGUUGUACAGACACAAAUUGCUUCGAUUCUGUACGUCGAUAGUAGGCUAUAUGAAAUUUUGUAUAAUAAUAGUAGUACAUUUUUGUAGAUAAUUGUUUUUCAAUGUUGAGUUGGUUUA